GCGCAAGAAUCAUGCUAUUCUAUCUGUAUGACGCUACCUAUUUGAUACCGAGCUAUGAAGGCUACAUCCAUUGAACCUCGCUUAUACGAGAGUUUGGUUCUAGGGUUUAAUCCAAGAGACCGUAGGUGCCUUGACCCAUGAUGCCAGCACAUGGAGAACAACAAAUAAUGUGCAUGGGAUUAUCAAUGUGGUAGAUAUUCCCUAUCGAUGGGUCCCAUUUCUCAUCUACUCUCUGAGUUAUAUGGCUUAUCAGUAUUUUAGAUGAUGAAAAAUAUUUAUAGCAAUGGAGUUAAGCAAAAUAUACAAUAUGAAAGCUCCCUUUUGGCGUAUGCUUUGUUAAUUGAUACUGUACGCUCUUUACAUUUCGGAAUGCCGGCUACCAUUGCCUCUUCACUUGCAGAUGUUCCGUUUCCCUCACAACAGUCGUCCUUUUCACAAUUACUGUCUGCGACCAUUUUCGGAUUCCCAAAGGCUCUGUGGCUGCCUUAUUCAGAAGAAAACGCACUGCUGCUCCUAUUGCUGAUUUUUAGUGAGGAGCAGAUAUGGAAAACCAAAAUGAUACAUGGUACUAUCCCAGCGGGAUUUCCGGGAGAUGAUGCAAGAUCAAACAGUUUGGCCUAUAUGAAAUCGAUCCAGCGGGCCCUGAAUCGUUGGAAAGUUGAGUAUUUUGAUCGUACAACUUCAGAAAUCAAGGCCUUAUAUCAAUUCUGCGAGAUAUAUCUGCUACUUCAGAAUUUGGAGAAUUUGCCAGAUAUGGUGAAGUACCGAGAGCAGCACAAUGGUGUUCCUGGGUUGUCACAGGUUCAUACAAUGUCGAAUGAGGAGGAACAAAAUCGCGCCAAAGCAUCCCAUCAUGCGUGGCUCUUACUAGAGCAUGUUUCCGCCUGUUCGAAAUCUAAUGCGGUAUGGUUACCAAUAAUUCUCUAUUUGUCAGGUCUUGUUGUCUGGUACGAUAUCAAUUCACGGCAGGGCUCUCGAUCACAUGGAUCGAUGAUGGUUCUAAACCUGUUUGUGAAGGAGCUUCGUGGUAUGCAAUGGCCAUGCUGUAUUGAUAUGGCGACCAACUUGGAGAAACUACAAUGAAGUAUUUGGCCAAUGGGCCCAUCACGUAUUAAAAAUUCAAAAUAUUCAACAGUCACGGAUCUUCUUCAUCCGUGUCUUCAUUUCAUCAAUCCACUUCUGGCGAUCUUUAAUCGCCCUCUUUACCCGCUUAACCUCCCCCUGAAGUUUUGCAACCCCGGCCUUUUCGGGCUUAAUGAAGCCAGUUUCGAUCCCAAUUCUGUCGUACAGCUCCUUUUGUGGGUCUUUUGGGCCUUACUGAGGCUACCACCCACACUUUUAUGAAAUGGCUUGUGAAGAUUGCAGAUUGAAUGCAGAUUGAAGAUGGGAUAUCAAUUGCUGUAUGGCUGUUUAAAAGUGAUCGUUAUACUUUUCCAACUUAAAUAGAACUAAUCGGCGUAUGCAAGAAAUACC